AUGGGUGGAGCGGGUAAAACAACCAUUGCCAAAGCCAUCGAUAACCGAUUUCAUCAUAGCUUUGAAGCUAAAAGUUUCCUUUCAAACGUUAGGGAAGCUGCAAAGCAAUAUAAUGGUUUGGUUUGCUUGCAAGAACAACUUCUGUCUGAUGUCUUGAAACCAACCAAGAUAAAGGUAGAUAGUGUUGACAGCGGGAUCAAUGUGAUCAAAGAAAGACUUCGAGGAAGUCGAAUCAUUAUAACCACAAGAGAUGAACAUUUACUGAAGCAACUUGAAGUUGAUGCAAUAUAUUUGGCUCCAGAAAUGAAUGAAACAGAAGCUCUUGAGCUUCUCAGUUGGCAUUCCUUUAAAAAUAGUUAUCCUAAAGAAGGAUAUUAUGAACUCUCGAAAAGUGUAGUUCUUACUGUGGAGGUUUACCUCUAG